AAAACCCAAGAAGAAGAAGAAGAUCCCGUCAUCACUAGCGCGCGUCCAGUCAGCGUCGAGUCUUCUGAGGAGAGAAAUUUGUGUUCAGUGAAGCUCCUCCCACAAAUCCUGCAGAAUGAAACCCACUGAAGAACAAACAGAGAUGAUUGAAGAAAACGAGAAAGAAGAAUUGAGUGAAGUUGAGGAGAAAAAUCAUGUGAAAAAUGGAGAAAAACCUCUGAGUUGCUCUCAACCCAAACAGAAAGAUUUAAAGAAAAGAAGAGCCAAGAAAUCUUUCACCUGCACUCAGUGUGGAAAGAGUUUGACAAACAAACCAAGUCUUGAGCGUCACAUGAGAGUUCAUACUGGAGAGAGACCGUACAAGUGUUCACACUGUGACAAGAGAUUCAGUCAGUCUGGAUACCUGAAAACACAUGAGAGGAUUCACACUGGAGAGAAACCGUACACAUGUGAUCAGUGCGGGAAGAGUUUCACACAAAAAGUAAACCUUAAGAAACACAUGAUCAUCCACACUGGAGAAAAACCAUCCAAGUGUUCACAUUGUGACAAGACAUUCAGUCAGUCUGGAUACCUGAAAACACAUGAGAGGAUUCACACUGGAGAGAAACCGUACACAUGUGAUCAGUGCGGGAAGAGUUUCACACAAAAAGUAAACCUUACAGCACAUAUGAGAAUUCAUACGGGAGAGAAACCAUUCACUUGUGAUCAGUGUGGAAAGAGUUUCACUCACUCAGCAAACCUUAAGGAUCACAUGAACAUUCACACUAGAGAGAAGCAGCACGCAUGUGAUCAGUGCGGCAAAACAUUUUUGAGAGCUCCAGACCUGAAGAAACACCUGAGAGUUCAUACAAAAGAGAAGCCACAUUCAUGUUUUUUGUGUGGAAAGAGUUUUUCAUUUCUACAAAAUUUAAAAGUACAUCAGAAAAUACAUACUGUUAUGAGAGAGUACAUGUGCUGUGAGUGUGAAAAGACUUUUACUUCAGCUAAACAUUUGAAACAGCACCAGAGGAUUCACACUGAAGAAACACCUUACGAGUGUUCACACUGUGAUAAAAGAUUCAGUGAUUCAGGAAACCUGAAAACGCACAAAAUGAUCCACACUGGAGAGAAACCGUAUCACUGUGCUGCAUGUGGGAAACAUUUCAGUCGUUCAUCUGCUCUACACAGUCAUACAAAAAACAAUCACAGUAAGAAGAUCAUCUUCAGAUCCAGCACUUUCAGGUCUGAUGCCACGUCCUCACCAAAUGUUACACAAUAAUGCAAGAAAUAAAAUAUCAUCUGGAUAAAUCUUUUCUAACCAGCCAUUACAAGUGACGUGACACAUUCAACUGUGAGAUUCAGAUCAACUCGAUGGAGUUCUUCCCCAAAGAACAAUAUCAAAAAGUUUUAUUCUUGUAUAUAAUUUUGCUUCAUGUUAAAAAUUAUAUCAUUGUGCUUUCUUAUGAGUUUCAUAUGAUGUUUGAUUGUCUUAUAAUGCAUAUGUGUCACCUGUAGAUUUACUCUUUCAUGAAAAGUAGAAGUUUUUACAAACUGAGGAAGCUGAGGAAUAGGCUGUAACACUUUUUAAGAGAGACUGAGAUUUAUUUUAUAUUGUUGUUUUUAAAAUUAGUUAUUU